AUGGUACAUUUUCUGCAGUCUUCCCGCCUGCUAGAAAAUCCACUCCGGAGUCUGGUCGUUCUUUUUAUCGUCUGGAAGACCCUGCUUAUCCUCCUUGCCUGUUGCAGUCCAGGCCCUGGCUAUGACACCUCGACACUUUUGCUUCCGCCGUGGAAGCCGUCGCACGGAAAUCUAGAGCAUCCGACAGGUCUUUCACAAGCAGUGUCUUAUGUGAGCUCCAAGUUGACAAGAUGGGACGCCAUAUAUUUCGUACAGGCCUCCAAGCGCGGAUACGUUUUUGAGCAAGAAUGGGCAUUUGGAUGGGGCUUUACCAGACUGAUCAAACUUAUCGCGAAUGGUAUUGUGCUCCUUGGAAUCCCUCGCUAUGAUACCUUAGAAGUCGUCGUGGCUAUUUUCAUAGCACACUUGUCGCAUCUGGUAUCGACAUUGCUACUCUUCAAGCUCACAAUCGCCAUCUUCCCAGCGCGCAAUGUCCGGUUCGGUCUUGUUGCUGCUGUAUUGCACAUUUUGUCUCCGGCUGGUCUUUUCCUUUCCGCUCCUUAUGCUGAGAGCUCCUGUGCCAUGUUGAGUUUUGCAGGCAGCUUGCUCUUCGUGCAAAGUUCAACCGCCGGAAGGCCAGCCUCUGUAGGACAUGAUGCUCUGAUUCUUCUUUCCGGGAUUGCUUUUGGAAUUGCCACUACGUUCAGAAGUAAUGGAAUACUGAACGGGCUGCUAUUACUUGAGGAGGCAAGCAAAAUCAUAUGGAAUCUGCAGUAUAGCUUUAACUUCGCUUCAAUACGUCGACUAGUCUUUACAGGUAUGGGCGGCUUGUUUGUGGCUAGUGGAUUUAUCCUCCCACAGUAUAUUGCCUACACUGAGUACUGCCUCGAAUCAAACGUGUCCUCAACCAGACCCUGGUGUGGAAAUGUACUACCAAGCAUAUACACCUUUGUGCAGGAUUACUACUGGAACGUCGGUCCUUUUCGAUACUGGACGACAUCAAAUAUUCCAUUAUUCCUCAUCGCAGCACCAAUGUUUGCGUUUCUCGUCAAAUCCAGUAUAUGGACCUUCACUUCCACGCAGUCGCUUGUAUUCAAGGAAACCAACUCGAGCAUGUCUCCAACUCUGCGCAAUAUGGCAAUUUCUCAACUUUUGUUGGCUCUUUUAACACUAACUACUGCUCACGUGCAAAUCAUCUCCAGAAUAUCUUCGUCAUUUCCGGUCUGGGUCUGGUACGGUGUCUCAUUAGUGGAAAAGAAAGAUGGAGGUUUAGGUUCAGUCGCUGUUCGAUACAUGGUCAUGUAUGCGAUCAUUCAAGGGGGCUUAUUUGCGUCAUUCCUUCCCCCAGCUUGA